AUGGCCGUCGUAAGCCAAAGCUUGGACACUGGAUGGAGCUGGAAGCAGCGCAGCGAGGACACGAAUGAACCAAUGCUCGAUGAGCUUACCUCGAGCGAGUGGACAACAGCCCACGCGUUUCCCUCGGAGGUCCAUGUUGAGCUUCUCAAGGCUGGGAAGAUACCCGAUCCGUAUGUGGGGUUCAACGAGCACAGGGAAUGGCUCUACCGCACAACGUUUGAGUACGAGGCUACAGCACUCUCCAACUCUCUGAUCGAGUUCGAAGGGCUCGAUACGUUCUGCGACGUCUACCUGAACUCCCAACUCAUCCUGUCAGCCGACAACCAAUUCCGCACUUGGCAAGCGCCCGUUGAGCCCGUCGUUGGACAAAAUGUCCUUUUCUUGUACUUCAAGUCGGCAAAGCACAUCGCGAAGGAUCUAGAGGCUCAAUAUGGCAUUGUCCGCGCCGGGUCUGUCAAUCUCGGCGAUCCAAGCAGAGUGUACGUCCGGAAGGCGCAGUACGAUUGGCGGUGGGACUGGGGGCCGGAGCUGAUGACAUGCGGUCCGUACCGCCCCAUCACGCUCAUCUCGUACACCACUCGUAUCAAGAAUGUCUAUGCUCGCGCAUAUACCCAGCUUGUCGCUUCACCGAAUGCCUCCGAGCCGACGCAAUUUGUAUAUCCUGCGUCACUCAUUGUCGACAUCUCCCUUCAGGGCCUGGCGAAUUCCUCCAAAGCGCCUCGCGCGCGGGUCACGCUCAAGGACGCAGUACAAGGUGGGGUUAUUAGGCAAGACGUCGUGUCGCUCACGAAGCGCGAGAGCAUGCGGCCCAGGUCCGACGGCGAGAAUGACGAGGACGCAUUCGUGUUUGUUGAAGCCCUCACAUGGUCAUUUGAUACAUCCUCGUCAGAUAUGGGGGUAGGGAAGGUCGAGCUGUGGUGGCCUGUGGGGUAUGGCAAGCAGAAUCUGUACGAUGUUCAGGUGGAGCUGCUUGAUGGGGCGGAUGCAACGUCCACCACCAUCUUCGACACAAACACUCAGCGCGUUGGCUUUCGUAGCGUCAAGCUUGUCCAAGAGUCCAUCGAGGAGCCCGACAUACACGGCAAGGGCACGACGUUCUUAUUUGAGGUGAACGGGGUGCGCAUGUUCUUAGGAGCAGGAUCAAACUGGAUCCCAGGCGACAACUUCCUCACCAUGUUAACUCCCGGUCGAUACCGCGACUGGCUGACCUUAGCGCGCGAUGGCGGGCAGAAUGUUAUCCGGCUCUGGGGUGGCGGGGUAUACGAGCCCGAUGUAUUCUAUGACGUGUGUGAUGAACUAGGGCUGCUGGUGUGGCAAGAUUUUCAGUUCGCAUGUGGCGUCUAUCCCGCACACAAUGAGUUCGUGAGCAGCGUCCGUGCUGAGGCGAUCGACAAUAUCGUCCGCCUGAGGCACCACCCGUGUAUUGCGCUACUGUGCGGGAACAACGAGGAUUAUCAGCAGGUGUUGCAGUGGGGUGACGUCCCGGACCUCCCCGCGCGCAAGAUCUACGAACACCUGCUCCCAUCGCUUGUCUCGUCCCUUACGUCUCCGGAGAUCCCAUACCACCGUGGAUCGCCAUGCGGCGGAGAAGGCUGGGACACAGCGGAUCCGACGGUGGGCGACGUACAUCAGUGGAACAUUUGGGCCGGGGAGAAGCCGUGGCAUGAUUACGAUCGGAUGGGCGGGCGAUUUGUCAGUGAGUUCGGCGUCCCAUCCUUCCCAUGCAUGCGCACGAUCGAAUACUGGCUUGACUCGGCGGACGUUCCAAAGAGCCAACGCUACGCGCAGAGCAAGGCGAUGGCGCAGCACUGCAAGGCUGGGUCGUAUGAGCGAAGGUUUGCGGUGUUGAUGAAUGAGCUGCUGAGGCUUACGGGGGACCUUGAGACGCAUGUAUACAACACGCAGUUGCUGCAAUCCGAGGCGAUGGGGUUUGCAUAUAGGGAGUGGAGGAGGGCGUGGCGCGGACCCGGAAAGCAAUACACUGCAGGUGCCAUCGUAUGGCAGUUGAAUGACAGUUGGCCUGUCAUGUCGUGGGCUAUAGUUGACUAUUUCCUGCGUCCCAAGCCGGCGUACUAUACUAUUUCCAGAGAGCUCAAGCCCAUCGUGAUCGGCAUAUCCCGUACUGUAACGAAGAACAGGCAGUGCGACAGGCCUCGGCAGUUCUACGAGUUCGGCGCGUUCCAGAGCACAGGCGCGACACUGGACAUCUGGGGCGCAAACAGCACCCUCUCAUCGCGCACUCUGAGUCUCGAAAUCCGCUAUUUCGACCUAGAGUCUGAUUGGACGCACAGCGAGUCUAUGCGGAACAUCGCUCUUGCGCCGAACCAGUCUACCGAAUUCCUUACGUCCGUACCCUGCCAUGGCCCGCCCGCUUCUUCGAAGACGGCAUCGCAGUUGCCAAAUCCAGAGGCGACUACAACCUACUCCGUCGUCGUCACAGCCAUUCUCCGAGAUCCCGACAUCGGCAAAUUUGUUGCGCGUGCCGUGGACUGGCCGCAACCGUACAAGUUCCUUGACCCUCCCGAGCCCGGGCUGAGUCUACGUGUGGAGGAUGACGGCGAGACUGUGCAUGCCACUGUGGUCCGGCCCGUUAAGGGGCUGGUACUCGGCGUGGAUGAUCCUGAGAGGGGUGAUGAUGGGGUGAAAUGGAGCGAUAAUAUGCUGGACGUGGUGCCUGGGGAUGAACAGGUCGUUGUUGCUAGUGGUCUUGGUGGAAGGGGUAUCAGGGCUGCGUGGUUGGGCAAGGAAAGGGCGGAGGUAUGUGAGGUGAGGAGAGUGUGA